AUGACAUCUACAAUAAAAUAUCCAUUAAUACGUCGUGAUCAAUCUGUUUUGGAUUCCUAUUGUGUUAAAUCUUCAUCAACUGUUACUAUUAAUGAUCCAUAUCGUUGGCUUGAAGAUCCGGAUUCUGAAGAAACAGCUCAAUUUGUUACAGAACAAAAUCUUAUUAGUCAAGCUUAUUUAAAUAAGAUUCCUUAUCGUACAAAAUUUUUUGAACAUCUCAAAGAAGUAUAUAAUAUUCCAAAAUUUUCAUGUCCAUCAAAACAACCAAAUGGAAAAUAUUAUUAUACUAUGAAUACAGGUCUUCAAAAUCAAGAUGUCUAUUAUGAAUUAGAUUCAUUAUUAAAAUCAACAGAUCAAGCACAAAUUUUAAUUGAUCCAAAUACAUUUUCCGAAGAUGGAACUGUAGCCAUACAAUCAAUGAAUUUUUCGCACGAUGGUAAAAUUUUGUGUUACAGUGUAUCUGAUGCUGGUUCAGAUUGGUCGACAAUUUAUUUCAUGGAUAUUGCAACUCGUAAUAAAUUAGAUGAUGUUAUUAUUCGAACUAAAUUUUCAUCAUUAAGUUGGACAACAGAUAAUCGAGGUAUAUUUUAUACAACUUAUGCUGGUGCUCUUAAUAAUACUAAUUUAACUAAUUCUACAAAAAACGAAAACAAGAUUGAAGAAAAUAAAGAUAUAAAGAAACAAGAUGAGACAACAAAUGAAGUAGCACCAACUACUAUUGAAGUAACUCGUAAUGAUAUUCAAGAAGUUUAUUUUCAUCGACUUGGUACACCUCGUUCAUCUGAUAUUUGUCUUGCUCGUUGUACAGAUGAUCUCGAUGAACAUUUUUUUUCAGUUGCAACAUCUGAUGAUGGUCAAUAUUUAAUUGCUAGCAUAUCAAAAGGAACAUUAAAUGAAAAUAAACUUUGGUUUCUUCCAUUAACAAAAUCAUCGGAUUCAAUUGUUGAACAACCAAAUUGGUCAAAAUUAAUUGAUAAUAUGGAUUUUGUUUAUGAUUUUGUAACAUCUUAUGAAGAUUUACUUUAUUUAAAAACAAAUGCUCAAGCUGAAAAAUUUCGUUUAAUUACAAUAAAUACAAAAACAAAAGAAAUAAAAGAAAUAAUUGGUGAAGAUAAAAAUGAUUUAUUAGAAGAUGUAACACAUGUUUAUGAAAAAUAUUUUCUUGUUCGAUAUCUUUCACAUGUUAAAUCAGUUUUAUAUUUAUAUGAAAUGAAAACAGGACGACAAUUACGUAAAUUUGAUUUACCGAUUGGAAAUAUAUCGAUUUGGGGUGAUCAACAUGAAUCAGAAAUAUUUCUACGUCUUGAAUCAUUUCUUUCACCAACAACAAUUUAUACAUGUGAUCUUGCUCAAUCACUUGAUGCUUCAUUAACAAUUUUUAAACGCAUUGAAUUUGAUGGUGUUGAUCUUAAUGCAUUCACUACGGAACAAAUUUUUGUUGAUUCAAAUGGAUUAGAUCCAUCAAAUCCAGUUAAAGUACCAAUGUUUUUAGUACAUAGAAAAGAUUUACAAAAAAAUGGUCAAAAUCCAUUACAUUUAUAUGUUUAUGGUGGAUUUUCAAUCGCAAUGAAACCUUUUUUUUCAAUUGCUGCACUUCUUUGGAUUCAUCAUUUUCAUGGAGCUUUUGUUGUGGCUAAUGUUCGAGGUGGUGCCGAAUAUGGUGAAGUAUGGCAUAAAGAUGGAUAUAAACAUAAAAAAAAGAAUACCUAUCUUGAUUUAUGUGCUUGUAUUGAAUGGCUUAUUUCAAAUAAAUAUACUCAACCAGAAAAAGUUUCGAUAACAGGUGGAAGUAAUGGAGGAUUAACUGUAGCAGCUUGUGCUAAUAUGCGACCAGAUUUAUUUGCAUCUGUUGUAAUACAAGUUGGUGUACUUGAUUUAUAUCGAUACCAUAAAUUUACUAUUGGAUAUUAUUGGUGCGGUGAAUAUGGUAAUCCUGAUUUACCUGAAGAAUUUGAAUGGGUUAAAACUAUAUCACCAUUGCAUAAUAUUCCAACAAAUCCAACAACAUAUCCAGCAAUUAUUGUAAUGACAGCUGAUCAUGAUGAUCGUGUUGUACCAGCUCAUUCAUUUAAAUAUAUAUCGCAAUUACAAUAUCAAUUAGGUGAAACAAUGAAUCGUUUAGAUCGUCCAUUAAUUUCAAGAAUUGAUGUUCGAGCUGGGCAUGGUGCAGGAAAACCGACAAUCAAGCGAAUUGAAGAAUUAUCUGAUAUUUAUUCGUUUGUUUCUUACACGUUGGGUGCUCAAUGGCAUGACUGA